CCCAAAGCAAACCUCUGUUUGCCUUUUCCCGGAAAAAAACACAAAAUUUUCUGUUCCGAACGAGAAAGAGAAAAGAAAAAAGCAUAUCCAUGGAAGCAGACUCUCGCCGAUACACACACCCCAUUCUCAUACACUGAAAAACCUAUACACACAUCUAUAUCUAUCGCUUUUACUUAAUAAAGGCUCAAGAACCCUCUUCAUUUCUCUCUCUUCCUAAAAAAUCACAUCAAAUUACUCUUCCUCGUGAUGGCUUCGAUCGCACCCAUUUCUCAAUCCCAACCCCUUUUCAACAAAACCCAAUUCAGACCAAGAAUUUUUCCAUCCAAGUUCUUCAUAAACAUAAACCCCAAUUUCACUGGAAAGUCUUCCUCCGCCGGCUGCAGAGCGGCGACGACGGCGGCGGAGAAGCCGAAGAAGCGGUAUCCGGGGGAGGCGAAGGGUUUUGUGGAGGAAAUGAGGUUUGUGGCCAUGAAGUUGCACACUAAGGACCAGUCCAAGGAGGGGGAGAAGAAGGCGGAGGGUCCGCCGGUGGCCAAGUGGGACCCAACCAUUGAUGGCUACAUGAGGUUUCUUGUUGACAGUAAGUUGGUUUACGAUACGCUCGAGCGGAUUGUUCAGAAAGCUGUUUUUCCUGAAUCAGAUGUUGAGUUCAGGAACACGGGAUUGGAAAGGUCAGAAAGUCUGGCAAAAGAUUUGGAAUGGUUUGAAGAGCAAGGCCAUGCCAUUCCUGAACCGUCAUCUCCUGGUGUUAGCUUUGCUAAUUAUCUUGAGGAAUUAUCAGAGAAGGAUCCUCAAGCAUUCCUUUGCCACUUCUAUAACACAUACUUUGCCCACACCGCUGGCGGUCGAAUGAUUGGGAAAAAGGUAGCUGAAAAGAUACUAAACAACAAGGAGUUGGAAUUUUACAAGUGGAAUGGUAAUCUUUCUCAACUGUUGCAGAAUGUGAGAGAGAAGCUCAAUAGUGUUGCUGAGAGUUGGACUAGAGAGGAGAAGGACCAUUGUUUGGGAGAAACUGAGAAGUCGUUCAAGUUCUCGGGUGAUAUUCUUCGUUUAAUUUUGUCGUGAUUCACAGAUAUACUGCAGCUGCUGUUGUUGUGAACUUGUGCUUUCAAUUGUGCAUAAACCGAACUUUGUUUUAAGAUAUAAAUAAAUAAAUAUGAAAAAUGUGAGCUUUGGCUGUCAUAAAA